AACAUGUCCGCGUGAAGCCGCGGAGAGAGACUCGGUUCGGCUGUAGUGGAGCUGCUGGUGCUGAUCCUGUUCGGGGUUGUGUGUUCCGGUCCGGAGGAAGCGUUCUGGAAUCUAUUCUGCUGCGUCCAUCAGGUGCAGGGAGCGCGCAUCGGACCCGCCCAGCUGAGCUCAUCUUGUCUCACCUGGAGACUGCUGCCCUGUUCGUCUCCACAGCAACGGCCCUCAGAUUUCUUCUGUCCUCUCACCAAACAUCAGAUGGCGAAGGCAGAUCAGCGUUAUGGCCAGAGGGAUGGCUCCGACCAGAACUUCGACUACAUGUUCAAGCUACUGAUCAUUGGGAACAGCAGCGUUGGGAAGACAUCCUUCUUGUUCCGCUACGCAGACGACUCCUUUAGCAACUCCUUCGUCAGCACCGUCGGCAUUGACUUCAAGGUGAAGACGGUUUACCGCAACGACAAAAGGAUCAAGCUGCAGAUCUGGGAUACUGCAGGGCAGGAGCGUUAUCGUACCAUCACAACAGCCUACUACCGUGGGGCCAUGGGCUUUAUCCUCAUGUAUGACAUCACAAACGAAGAGUCAUUCAAUGCAGUCCAAGACUGGGCCACUCAGAUCAAAACAUAUUCGUGGGACAAUGCCCAGGUGAUCAUGGUGGGCAACAAGUGUGACAUGGAUGAGGAGAGAGUCGUACCGCCUGAGAAAGGAAAACACCUGGCCGACCAGCUGGGAUUUGAGUACUACGAGGCAAGCGCCAAGGAGAAUAUCAAUGUACGGCAGGUGUUUGAGCGCCUGGUAGACAUCAUCUGUGUAAAGAUGUCUGAGCGUGUGGACGUGGAGGUGCCUGCAGCUCCUGGCUCAAAGACCACCAGACUGACCGACAAGCCUGCCCAGUUACCUCAGAAAUGCUGCUGAUCAUCAGUCGAACCACUCCUUCCCUCCUCCUUUUCCCACCCCAGUCUGUAGGUAAAACGAAGAAAAUCAGAUAUUUCAACUGUUAAGACAUCCCUUCACCCCCGCUCUGCUUCAGUCCAUAUUUGUGAGCCAUCAGUGAAUCCUCCUGCAGAAAUCCAUGAAACACCUCCAUCUAUGUGAUGUCCGUGUAUCUGAGGCCGGCUGACUGCUGGCGUCUCCUCCCCAAAGUUAACUUGUCAUGUUUCAGCAGGCUCUCCACAGAGUAUGAGAAGGGACAGAACUACAUCUGGUUUUUGGUUUCCUAUUGUGGCCCUUACUCUGUUUAGGGGACAUUUGUGCGACUUAAACCUAAAGCGCCACCUGCUGACCAUACAGUUGACCAACACUUGGCGGGGUUUCUAUGCUGUUGUCGUGAAAAAGUCCAAGGUUUGUGUCAGUGCCUCCAGGAUGAUCCUGCUGAACUGGUGCCAGUAAGACGUCCCAACCUCUAACACCCUGCUGUUAUUUAAGCCAUGGUUGCAUGAUGAUGUGAGACUGACAUUAGAAAUGGUCUAACGCUUAAUAACUCAACAACUCUUACUUAACUCUGUACUUUCAAUGCACAGUAAAAGCAACAUCACAAAGCAGGUAGAACCUUGACAGGUGUUAAACAGAUAUAAAAGGAAACAUAGUCGUGGUUAGAGUCCCAGGAAGUCAAGGAGGUGGCUACUGCUCCUUCUGAUGGCUGGACUUAUGGUCUGAACUCUGGAAAGCUCAUCAGAUGGGAAGCAGACUAGUAAAAAACAGCAUCUUGUGUUUUACAUUUCAAUGUCUUCUUUCAGAUCAUCACCAUUCCCAUUAGGUUGACAUGAAAUGAUUGGUGGAUUUAAAUGCACCACGUUAGAAUGUCGCUUUUAUUAAGGUAGGAUCAAAGAAAAGCACAGCUCCGCCUCUCACUGUUAAACAUCAACUUAGCUUUAAGAACAGUCACUGCCAAACUAUGACUCAGCUUUAACACAAUUCUCCUGCAGAACGACUCGCUGUUUUCAUCGAUUUCUAGCUAAGCUAUCAAUCACAGUUAACAAUGUUGAAUUAGUCGAUUUAUUUCGGUUUACUUAUAAUUAAUAAAUUAUGAUUAAACUGGAAUGUUGUUAAUCUGAGACUCAAGGUUAACACUGGGACUCAACAUGCAAGACUAGCAAAAGUUAAGGAGCUUAUUCUCAUAUACUCAAGGUUUGAGGUUUUAAUCUGUAUAUUGGACUGUAAUUAGAUGUUAGCUUUGUUAAACUAUGAGACAGUGUUAAUACAGCUAAACUAUGAGUCAGAAAUAACACUAUUAAACUAUGACUCAUUUUUAGUACCGUUAAACUUUGAGUGAAUAUGAACACACUGAAACAAUGACUCAAUGCUAACUCUGUUCAAAUAUGACCCAAUUUUAACAGUGUUAAACUACGAGUCAGAGUUAACACUGCAAAACUAAGAAAUAGUUUAACAAUGUUAAGGUGUUAAACUCUGUUAACUCUGAUAAAGUCUGACUCAACGUUAGCACUGUCUAUGUAAAGGGCUGGUUGUACUCCCAGUGGCAGUUUUUAGCAGUGAGCUUGACGCAGACAUUUUUGAUUUAUGCUCAAUAUUGAAGAGUGGUUUGCGCUAUAUUAUAUUCCACACCACUAGAUACAGAUGGCGGUGAGGAAGUGGGGCAAGUUUGUCCAACAACGGAAGGACAUGACGGUGAAAAAGAGCGGGAAUCCAGGUGGAAAAAGGGUCCCAAAGUUCUUGUGCACCUCGCUCUUCUAGCUGGUCCAACUUCACGAGUCGUUUCCACAACUGCGUUCAUACAAACAAACCAAGCCAGCAAGCAGAUGUAGAUUUGACCAAUCAGAGGCCUCCUGUCUGCAGCACUUUCUGCGGUCUACUACAACUUGGGAGAGAUGCAGCAGAGUGUCUGCAGAGGGGGCGCGGACGUCUUUGCUUUCGCUGCGACAUCUACGCAGACAGCCUAGUUUUGAAGUAUAAAUCAGGCUUAAGAGUCAACAUUAAUGCUGUAAACUAUGCCUCAAUUUUAAUAUUGUUAAACUGAGUCAAAUUUGACACUGUUAAACUAAUAAUAAUAAUUGAACUUUAUUGAUCUAACAUUGGAGAAAUUUAUCUCUGCAAUUUGAAUAAGCAGUAAGCUGCAUUCGUGGGGUGCAAUGAGGUGUUGGGGGUCUUGCCCAGAGAGCCAGAGUGGCAGUCUGUAAGAGUUGGUUUUGAACUCACAACCUCAGGAUUUCAAGACCUAUGCCCUAACCACUAGGCCGCCCCCCCUCCAACAUUAAUCCAGACCAAACAAAUGUAUCAUCAACAGUCCUUUAGUGUUCGUCCUGAUGUGAACCUUAUUAAUCAAGUCAACAUUGUCAUCUGCUUAUUAUUGACCCAUCAUUAAAAAACUUCUGUUGAGCACUAAUGUGUUAACCUGAGUCACUGAAUGGUUUAACACUGUUAAACUGCUUUACCUUUACCAGACAUUAACAAGAAUAAACUGCUGAUCAAUAAGGACCGGUUUCAAUAAAGACCUGUGAAAUACUGACUGUUAAAGUUAGUCACCUGGCCAAAAAUAGCUUGAAACAAACAUGAGUCACUUGCAGAACAGUGACUAAGCAGUAAAGUAAUUUCUCCAAUUAAAGUUUCACUUUAGGCAUCGGUCGCUGGAUGAAUAAUGACUCAUCAUUAACCGAGUCAUCUGCUGAAAAUGGACUAAUCAAUACCAGAGUCACCUGCUGAACAAUGACUUAUUGAUUAACUCAAGAUAGAUAUUAAAUGUUGACUUGUUAAAGGAGAAAGAUACAAGUUUAACUUCUCCUGGCCAGUACGUGGUGCAAUUGUGCUGACCCGCUCUUGUUCCAACCUUCAAAUUUACUGUUUCAAGAUUGCUGCCAGUUUUUUUUUUUAAGAAUUAGCAAACGUUUACCUUAUGGCGCUGUCACAUCUUGACGAUUAAGCCAGUGUAUGCUGAAGUCCCAGAAUCUCCUAAAAUGCUGGUAUACACUGAACUUUUUAUUUUUUUCAUUGUGGGUGUAUACAUAGAGUAUUCAAAAUGAGUCCAGAACUUAUGUCCAACGAUAGCCUAACUUACGCAUAACGCACGGCAACGUAAUGCCCAUGAAAUGUCACAAACCAGUGUCCUGAGGGGGACAGCAAUGCACCCAGGCCUGGCCUGCAU